AACGAUACCUUUGACGUUUAUAGGUUAUAAUAUUGUAAACACGGCUAAAAUUAAAGAUAAAAAUGGAUUUAAUUGAUAUAGAUGGGUCAAUUUUAGAGGGUGGCGGCCAAAUACUCAGAAUAGCGCUUAGUUUAAGCGCUAUAAAAUGUAUCCCUAUAAGAAUAAGAAAUAUAAGAGCUAAUAGGAGUAAACCUGGGUUGAUGGAGCAACAUUUAAAAGGUGUGGAACUAGUCCGAGAUAUAUGUAACGCUAAAGUGAUAGGAGCAAGUUUAAACUCUACAGAAAUCGAAUUUAGACCCGGAGAAGUUAAAGGCGGUAAUUUUAAGGCAUACAUUAAAACAGCCGGUAGCAUAAGUUUACUAUUACAAACAUCAUUACCAUGUACGAUCUUUGCCAAAUCUUGCACAACAUUGAACCUACAUGGGGGUACAAAUGCUGAAAUGGCCCCACAAAUAGACUACACGACAGAAAUUUUCCGACGGGUUUUGGAAAAAUUUGGCCCCACAUUCGAUUUUGACUUAAUUAGACGAGGGUAUUUUCCUAGAGGUGGAGGGGAAGUUAUGGUUAACGUAAAGCCUGUCGAUAAACUUAAAAGUGUUGAUUUGACGAAUUUCGGUGAGGUUUGUGCGAUAUACGGUUGGAGUUUUGUGGCUGGUAGUUUGCCAAUCAAGUUGGCUCACCUUAUGGCCGAUUCUGCAAGCGAUGUGUUGAAAAAUGUUUGUAGGGUUAACAUUGAGAGGUAUAAGGAAGAUAGGAAUAUGGCUCCGGAUAAUGCAUCAGGAAUUAUUUUGGUUGCAGAAACCACCACAGGUUGCAUCCUUGGCUCGUCAGCCCUCGGCAAAAGAAACGAAACUGCAGAAGAUGCCGGUAAAAGGGCGGCAAACGAACUUCUGGAGAGCAUCGAAAUUGGCGCAUGCCUUGAUAAGUACAGUCAAGACCAAGUCAUACUAUUCAUGGCUUUGGGUGGGGGUAUUUCGAAGGUUAGGGUUGGAGAAAUAACGAUGCAUACGAAAACUGCCAUGUAUGUUGUGGAAAAGUUAAUAAAUGUUGUAUUUGAAGUUAUUCCAGAUGGAAAUACAAAUAUUAUUAAGUGCAGUGGACAGAACAGUUAGUUAAUGUAUAUUUUGUUAU